GAGGUGCUGGAAGGGUUAAACGAUAGAGGAGACCAGAAAGGGGAGGGGCUUAGGCUGAUGAUUGACAGCAGCACCUGCCCUCCCCCUUUCCUCACAUGUCAACUUCCUGUUGGUCGAGGUAGGUCACAGCUUGUGGGUACAGUCCAGUGGUACCACCAUCAUGUUGUAGAUCAUCACACAUUGGUGAAGAGGAGGAAGUGAACUUAAUAGAGACUGUUCUGUUGUUUCUCUACUUCAGUGUGUCCUUUAACUCGGGUCAUGUGGGUUUGGUAGUGUGGAGUUUGUAACGAGCGAUUGGUUGGACUUUGAUCGUUUUUUCCCCACAGGCAGCUGAUAAGAGCUCACAGUGCUGUUGUUAGAUGCUGCAGGUUGUACUGAAACUAGACGCAGCAAGAAAGUAUGUGGAGGGACAGCUUUUACUUAGAUCCUAAAGUCUGGGGCCUCACCAGAUAGAGCGUGUAUCGCUCAGGCCGAAACGCAAGGUCCCAGGUUCGAUUCCGGCCCGGGCCAUUGUCCUGUAUGUCUAUCCUCUCUCUCUCUCCCUGCUUUCCUGUCUCUACCCAACUGUCUCUAACCAUGUAUAAACAGCUGAAGAUGUUGUGUUUUUGUGUUUUUAUAUGUUUCAUUUAAACAUUUCAUGUAUUCCGCCAUCCUUGCAGUUGACAAGAUUGUGUAUGUUCAAAAUAACCAUAUUCAAAAGGAACAUUCUUAAAGUUCAGUUCGGAUCAAAAUAACCCGCCUGACUGUUAUUUAACUUUUCACGCUAAUUUCCUUUCUCCAUUCAUGACAGAUAGACCUGUAUCAUUCUCCUCCAGUCAUGGCUUCCACCAUCCACUUCCUGUCUGAAGAGCAGUUCCUCUGCUCCCUGUGCAAGGAGGUCUUCACCGACCCCGUGUCCAUCCCCUGCGGCCACAGCUUCUGCCUGCCCUGCAUCACAGAGCGCUGGCUGAGCCUUCAGACCUGCAGCUGCCCCAGGUGCAACACCAUGUUCACUGGUCACCCGGACCCCCGUCAGAACUCCUUCGCCCGGGAGAUGUCUGAGGAGAUCCGGGAGAGGAGGCGGAACGGAGGUGUGGCCGUCCUCAGACCGGGCGAGGUGGCGUGUGACGUCUGCACCGGGAGCAAGCUCCGAGCCCUGAAGUCCUGCCUGGUGUGUCUGACCUCCUACUGUGAGACCCACCUGGAGCCUCACCAGAGAGUGGCCGGUCUGAAGAUCCACCAGCUGGUCGACCCUGUGGAGAACCUGGAGGACAGGAUGUGUAGGAAGCACCAGAGGCUCCUGGAGAUGUUCUGCAGGAGUGACCAGACGUGUGUGUGUGUGCUGUGUGCGGAGACGGACCACCGGGGGCACCACACCGUCCCGGCAGAGCGAGAGAGCGCAGAGAAGAAGGCUCAGAUGGACAGGGCUGAGGUGGAGGUGCUGCAGAUGAUCCAGACCAGACUGAAGAAGAUGGAGGAGAUCCAACACUCAGUGGAGCUCAGCAGGACAAACUCAAGGAAGGCGAUUGAGGAGAGCGCGGAGCUCUUCGGUGCUCUGAUGACCGCCGUGGAGAGAAGCCUGGCCGAGCUCACCCAGGAGAUGGUGGAGAAGCAGAAAGCAGCGGAGAGGAGAGCUGAACACCUCGUCAGGGAUCUGGAGCAGGAGAUCUCGGAGCUUCGGAGGAGGAGCUCUGAGCUGGAGCAGCUCUCACACACCAAGGACCACUUCCGCCUCCUACAGAGGUUCCCCUCCCUCGCCCGCCCCCCUCCCACCAAGGACUGGUCUGACCUCACCGUCCACUCCCACCAGUGUGUGGGGACGGUGAGGUCCAAAGUGUCCCAAUUAGAGGGGACGUUAAAGGCAGCCCAGACCAAACUGGCCAGAAAAGAGCACGAGAUAGUCCAGCAGUAUGCAGUGGACGUGAGUCUGGACCCGCGCACAGCCAACCCGUGGCUGGUCGUGUCCAGGGACAGGAAGAGGGUCUGGGACGGAGACAGAGAGCAGGAGAACCUUACGGAAGGCCCCCGGCGCUUCGACACGGCGCCCUGCGUCCUCGCCAUGCACGGGUUCACCUCCGGGAGGCGCUACUGGGAGGUCGAGGUCAGCGACAAGACGGCCUGGGAUCUGGGCGUGGCUAGAGAGUCCGUCAACAGGAAGGGCGUGGUCACCCUCAGCCCCGAGGAUGGCUAUUGGACAAUCUGCCUGAGGAAGGGGAGUGAUUACAGGGCGUGCGAUUGGCAGUCGCUCCUCCUGCCAAUCAGAGAGAAGCCCUGGAUCGUGGGCGUGCUAUUGGACUACGAGGAAGGGGUGGUGUCUUUUUACGAUGCAGGAAAGGCUUCGCAUAUCUACUCUUUCAUUGGCUGCUCCUUCACUGGGAGGGUGUUUCCUCUCUUCAACCCUGACAUAAGUGACAGCGGGGACAACAAAUCAGCUCUCUUUAUUCGUCCCGUCGCCCCCGGCGUCGCAGACAGGGGCGGGACUUUUGAUAGUGUCACAAUUUGAAACUUAUUUUUUUUAUGCGGACGGAAAUACAUCAUUGUUUGGUUGAUGAAAGGAAAAUAACACACCUAUGACACCAACUCCUUCAGGACCAACAACAGAUUCACUUAUUAAAUGAAUCAUCAGUAACAUUUGCAGUAGAUGCUUAGUGAUUAUUCUGAAACAUUAUGACCUGGAAUUGCAAGUGUAGCUUGCUGUAAUGUAGUUUCUUAAUACAUAAAUAAACAAA